GGAGAAGCGCCUGCUCACUGUGCGCAUGCGUGGCCCCAAGCCCGGCCCGGCAGGCUCAGAGACUGCGACACGAAGGCGAAAAAGGGAGUCGGGCGAGAGUCCCGGCUGCUGGCGAUGACGCAUUCUUCAGGCGACGAGCGCUGAAAAAGUACCGGCCUCCCUCUGAGAUACCUGAAGGUUCCGGCGGGAUCAGAGCCGAGCCAACGGCCAGCGGUGCUGCUCGUUCUCAGGAGACUCAGGUCUGGUUUCCUGAAGGGACCAAAGACCAUGGCGUGGAUCAGGGAAGGAGAGCUUACACUUUUAGAGCGGUUCUGUGCCAACAUCAUCAAGGCAGGCCCGAUGCCCAAGCACAUUGCAUUCAUCAUGGAUGGGAACCGCCGCUACGCCCAGAAGUGCCAGGUGGAACGACAAGAGGGCCAUACACAGGGCUUCAAUAAAUUGGCUGAGACCCUGCGCUGGUGUUUGAACCUGGGCAUCCGAGAGGUGACUGUCUAUGCCUUCAGCAUUGAAAACUUCAAACGCUCAAAGAAUGAGGUGGAUGGGCUAAUGGAGCUGGCCAGGCAGAAAUUUAGUCGAUUGAUGGAAGAACAGGAGAAGCUGGAGAAACAUGGGGUGUGUAUCCGUGUCCUGGGUGAUCUUCAGCUGUUGCCCCUCGACCUCCAGGAGCUGAUUGCAAAAGCUGUUCAGGCCACCCAAAACUAUAACAAGUGCUUCCUGAAUGUCUGCUUUGCCUACACAUCCCGACAUGAAAUCAGCAAUGCUGUGAAAGACAUGGCGUGGGGAGUAGAGCAAGGUUUACUGGAUCCCAGUGAUGUGUCAGAGUCUCUACUCGAUAAGUGUCUCUACACCAACAACUCCCCCAAUCCUGACAUCCUGAUACGGACUUCUGGGGAAGUGAGGCUGAGUGACUUCUUGCUCUGGCAGACAUCUCACUCUUGCCUGGUGUUCCAGCCCAUUCUCUGGCCAGAGUAUUCCUUCUGGAACCUCUGUGAAGCCAUCUUGCAGUUCCAGAUGAACCACAGCAUGUUACAGAAGGCCAGAGAGAUGUAUGUGGAAGAACGGAAGAGGCAGCAGCUGGAGAGUGACCAGGCCGCAGUGACAGAGCAGCUGCUCCGGGAGGGCUGUGGGCCCGGCAGGGACAGCCAGCUUCGGCGCAUUCUCUUGCACAAACGCUCAUCAGGACGGGAGGAACGUGUCCAGAGCUUCCUGCAGGCUCUGGAACGCAAACGUGAAGAGUGGCUGGCACGCCUGGGUACGGCAUCAGCAUGAGAGGGCAGACAGCCUGCUUGUGUUCCUGCUUGCUGGCUGAGGGCCCACUCCACCAUUCCUGAGGAGAGUCAACUUGGGUUUUGAUAAUGAGAUUUGCUAUAAUCCUGGGAACAGGUGCGGUGGGGAUUGGGCCUUUCUGCCCAGCUAGAUUCUUUUUCCAUUGAUGCCCUUUGUCCAACCCCCACAGAGGGGUUGGUUAGGGAUGACAGAAGGUGAAUGUCUUCCUUGUGACACCCUGUAGCUAUCUAUCUUAGUACCCAUGGGCAACUUGGUGAGCCUCAGGUCCUAAAGUCAACCUGUUCCUUCAGACCUGUCACCUCCUGAGCAGCUGGUGGCCAGGUUACCUUAUCUCCCAACAAACAUCAUCUCUCUCCUUGCUACGGGGAUUUUCAGUAUAAGGUUGUUUGGGUGUAAAGCACUUCCUCACCCCAAAAAGCACUACUGUCUACCAUGUUGUCCAGCCCAGCCUGCCACCCCACUACCUCCAUGCCUCCACAGGUUCACUUUGGAUUUGAUAGCAGAAAGCUGGGAAUUGUUGUAGGGGUGGGGUGAGGAAAGGAUGGAAAACUAGCCAUCUGCUUCCCCUCGUGAGCAUGUCCACCUGAACUCUGCUAUUGGAUCUUCCCCCACUCCUGGCUUGUCAGGCAGCCCUGAUUGCUCUGCUGAAAACCUGGGCUCUUCCAAUGAUGGAACUGGGCCUGUGAUGACAAUCCAAUUACCUAUUGUUGACUCAGCCCACACAUGCUUUUCUCAGGCAGGGUCAUGAGGCCAGCCUCUCCUCCCUUCCAGAGCUGGUCCUCUUAACUUGGCUAACUGGGAAGAACCAGUGUGUCCACUUGGCUGGGACUCCCCUUCUCUCUGACAUAUCGAGGCUUGUAGGCAAGGACACCUCUUCCCUGUUGGCUUUGAUAUCCACCUCCCGAAGCCCUGGCUGUGACAGGAGUGGCUCCAUUGAUAAGCAAAGCUCGUGUCUGACCCAUCCUGGAAAAGCUCCACUUGGUAGCAGUUCCUCUGCUUUCAGCCUUAGUGGGGUGGACCCCACAGUAUGAACAGAGGAAAGGCUCAGAGGCUAUGUCCUUCCUUUCAUUCUCCUUGCCCUACCAAGACCUGCAAAGCUGCUCAUGGGAUUACCAGCUUGGGCCUUUGCAGCUUUGAAAGGGGCUGUCUUGCUUGAGCUUCUCUACUUCAGGUGCUUGGGAUAGCAGCAAAAGCUGUAAGGCUGUAAUCCCAUCCUGAUGCCAGACACUGUCGUCCCUUCUUGGAGAUUUCCAGACUCUUUCCCCCAGGCCUGUCAAAGUGUGUCUUUUUCCCAGUUACUUAGCCCUCGAGUAUCUUUACUGUCAUCGACGCUUUUGGAAUCAGGCAUUUCCCCCAGGAAUAUAAAGACUACUAGCCACUACCCUCCCCUUGAAAUAAUCCAUCACCACCACCACCACCCAUAGUGUUGGCACAGGGUUCCCAGAGAGCAGGUGCUAUGUAUUUCCCAGCUUUAAAAUGGGGCUGUUGACAGCUUUAAUUAGGGAGCCAUGAAUUAUAAUGCUAUAAUUUGGAGCCCUACAAUUAAGAGAGAACAAGGGGCUGGAGGCAAUGAACAGAAUUGGCCUCUAGACGAGCUUGACUGACAUGAAGAAUAGUGCCGUCCUGUUUCUCGACCUGCCUAGAUCGGUCAAGACUGACUUCCGUUACAACAGAGGAUGGCCUGGGUGAUUAAUGGAACUGGUAUCCUUAAUUGGCCUUCAGUCUUUAGGUUCUGGGAAAGGUGUGUGGGGUGGAGCAGGGAGGAGUUACACCCCAGGGCACCUUGGGAUGCAGCAGUGAGCUUAGAGAAAGAGAGACCACAGUUGCAGUCUGGAGCAGGCGCUGCAAAACACAGGUGGUUUGAAUUUGUACUGUUGUGGCUACACCUUACUUGCAAGGAAAUGUUGAUCUCCAUCCUCACCUCUUUAUCAAAACUCUAAACUUAGGAAUCAGACGGUAUCUAAUUUAAAUGGCCCUCCUUCCCUGUAACCUAGCCUCAUCUUUCUCUGUCCCCGUUUAUUAAUCCGUGGUCCCCUGGGCUUCGAAUACAUUAAAAAGGAGUAUUUGUCUCACCUGUA